GCAUCCAUAUAUGGACACAGAGUCUCAGAAAUAGAUGAAAUGUUUGAAGCCAGGAAAAUGAUUGGCAUUUGUCCACAGCUAGACAUACACUUUGACGUCCUGACGGUAGAGGAAAACUUGUCCAUUUUGGCGUCUGUCAAAGGAAUACCAGGCAACGAUGUCAUACAGGAAGUGCAGAGAGUCUUACUGGAUUUAGACAUGCAGGCUAUCAAAGAUAAUCAGGCUAAAAAGUUAAGUGGUGGCCAAAAAAGAAAACUGUCUUUAGGAAUUGCUGUUCUCGGGAACCCAAAGGUGCUGUUGUUGGACGAGCCAACAGCUGGAAUGGAUCCGUGUUCUCGUCAUAUUGUCUGGAAUCUUCUGAAAUACAGAAAAGCGAACCGGGUGACGGUGUUUAGUACUCACUUCAUGGAUGAAGCCGACAUUCUCGCUGAUAGGAAGGCUGUCAUAUCACAAGGAAUGUUAAAAUGUGUUGGUUCUUCACUUUUUCUCAAAAGCAAAUGGGGAAUUGGCUACCGGCUGAGCAUGUGCAUAGACAGAUCCUGUGCCGCAGAAUCUCUUUCUUCUCUGGUCAAACAACACGUCCCUGCGGCCACUUUGUUGCAACAGAACGAGCAGCAGCUUGUGUUCAGCUUGCCUUUCAAGGACGUGGGCAGAUUUCCAGGCUUAUUUUCUGCUCUAGACACUCAUUCAAACUUAGGUGUUAUUUCUUAUGGUGUCUCCAUGACAACUUUGGAAGAUGUAUUCUUAAAGCUAGAAGUUGAAGCAGAAAUUGACCAAGCAGAUUACAGCGUGUUUUCUCAGCAGCCGCAGGAGGAAGAGUUGGAUUCAAAAUCCUCCGACGAGAUGGAGCAGAGCUUGCUUAUUCUCUCCGAAAGCAAGGCUGCCCUGGUGAGCACCAACGGCCUCUGGAGGCAGCAGGUGUCCACCGUCGCCAGGCUUCACUUGCUCAACCUGAGACGCGAAAGCAAGUCCCUGAGAUCUGUGUUGCUUCUACUUUUAAUUUUUUUCACAGUUCAGAUUUUCAUGUUUUUGGUGCAUCACUCUUUGAAAAAUGCCGUGGUUCCCAUCAGACUUGUUCCAGACUUAUACUUCCUUAAACCUGGAGAUCAACCCGAUAAAUACAGAACCAGUCUGCUCCUUCAGAACUCCACUGACUCGGACAUCAGUGACCUUCUUGGCUUUCUCACAAAUCAGAACAUAAUGGUGACGAUGUUUACUGACAGCGACUACAUGUCCGCUGCGCCCCACAGCGCAGCUCUGAACGUGACGCGGGCAGAAAAGGACUAUGUUUUUACUGCUGUUUUCAACAGUACUAUGGUUUACUCUUUACCCGUGUUAAUGAAUAUCAUUAGUAACUACUAUCUUUAUCAUUCAAACGUCACUGAAAGCAUCCAGGUUUGGAAUACCCCAUUCUUUCAGGAAAUCACGGACAUUGUUUUCAAAAUCGAGCUGUACUUCCAAGCAGCUUUACUUGGGGUUAUUGUUACCGCAAUGCCUCCUUACUUCGCCAUGGAAAAUGCAGAGAAUCACAAGACCAAAGCUUAUACUCAGCUUAAACUCUCAGGUCUCUUGCCUUCUGCAUAUUGGCUCGGACAGGCUGUUGUUGACAUCCCCUUAUUCUUUGUGGUCCUUACUUUGAUGUUAGGCAGUUUGUUUGCAUUUCAUUAUGGAUUAUAUUUUUAUGCUGUCAAGUUUCUUUCUGUGGUUUUUUGCCUUAUUGGUUACGUUCCAUCAGUUAUUCUGUUUACCUACAUUACUUCUUUCACCUUUAAAAAAAUUGUAAAUACCAAAGAAUUUUGGUCAUUUAUCUAUUCUGUGACAGCAUUGGCUUGCAUUGCAGUCACUGAAAUAACUUACUUCAUGGGAAACACAGCAACAAUUAUUCUUCAUUAUAUCUUUUGCAUUACCAUCCCAAUCUAUCCACUUCUAGGUUGCCUGAUUGGUUUCAUAAAGAUCACUUGGAAGAAUCUUCAGAGAAAUGAGGACACCUACGAUCCGUGGGACAGCCUUCUGGUGGCUGUUGUAUCGCCUUACCUGCACUGCGUGCUGUGGGUUUUUCUCCUGCGGUCCUGCGAGAAAAAAUAUGGUGGCAGAUCGUUAAGGAAGGAUCCCUUUUUCAGGACUCUUUCAACAAAGUCCAAACACAAAAAGUUUUCAGAACCACCCAACAAUGAGGAUGAAGAUGAAGAUGUCAAAGCUGAAAGGCUAAAGGUCAAAGAGCUGAUGAGCUGUCAGUGUUGCGAGGAGAAACCAGCCAUUAUGGUCAAUAAUCUGCACAAAGAAUAUGAAGACAAGAAAGAUUUUCUUCCUACAAGAAAAGUAAAGAAAGUGGCAAAUAAAUAUGUCUCCUUCUGUGUGAAAAAAGGAGAGAUCUUGGGACUGUUGGGUCCGAAUGGCGCAGGCAAAAGCACGAUUAUUAACAUCCUGGUUGGUGACAUUGAGCCGACUUCAGGCCAGGUCUUCCUAGGAGACUACUCUUCACACCCAGCUGAAGAAGACGACUCUGGGAGGUGUAUGGGCUACUGUCCCCAGAUCAACCCCCUCUGGCCGGACAUCACCCUGCAGGAGCACCUCCAGAUCUACGGAGCCGUCAAAGGGCUGAGAGCCAGUGACGUGCUGGAGGUCACGGAUCGAAUAACAAACGCCCUUGAUCUAAAGGAACACCUCCAGAAAACCGUCAAGAAACUUCCCGCAGGAAUCAAGCGCAAGCUGUGCUUCGCCCUGAGCAUGCUGGGCAGCCCCCCGGUCACGCUGCUGGACGAGCCGUCCACAGGUAUGGAUCCCAAAGCCAAACAGCACAUGUGGAGAGCAAUUAGAACCGCGUUCAAAAACCGGAAGCGCGCCGCCAUCCUGACCACGCACUACAUGGAGGAGGCGGAGGCCGUCUGCGACCGCGUGGCCAUCCUGGUGUCCGGGCGGCUGAGGUGUAUUGGGACAGUCCAGCAUCUGAAGAGUAAAUUUGGAAAAGGAUACUUUUUGGAAAUCAAAUUAAAGGAUUGGAUAGAAGACCUGGAAGUAGACCGUCUUCAAAGAGAAAUUCAGUGUAUUUUCCCAAAUGCUAGCCGUCAGGAAAGUUUUUCUACUAUUCUGGCUUAUAAAAUUCCUAAGGAAGACGUUCAGUCCCUUUCACAAUCUUUUUCUAAGCUGGAAGAAGUUAAACAUACAUUCGCCAUUGAAGAGUACAGCUUUUCUCAAGCAACGUUGGAACAGGUUUUUGUGGAGCUCACGAAAGAACAAGAGGAGGAAGACAACAGCUGUGGCACCUUCAACAGCACACUCUGGUGGGAAAGAACACAAGAGGACAGAGUCGUGUUUUGAAUUCAUGCUGCUUGCCCCGCUUCCCGCGUUUCUUUCUUUUACGAUUUAGUUUUGGUGUAACAGUUUACAGCUUGAACAAUAAUUGAAGAGCCGAGAAAGCACUUGGGGUUUUCCUGACGCCCUGCAUUGAAAUGCCAUCAGUUGUGUCUCGCUUUUCUUCAAAUAAAACUUGCGCCCAGCAGCGUGAGCCUGCAUGUUGGCAUCUGCAGUGUGUUGUGCUGGAGUCUGUAGGUGAGCUUGACUAUGUCCUUGUUCACUUUUCAGAAGCAGUGCUUGUGAAUUUGUGGUUUGAAGACAUAGUGAGAGAAUCAUUUUGAGCAGCUAUCUGUAAGUUUAUACCAUCUAGUUACAUAAGUAUGUAAUGCCCCAAUCUAAAUAAGAAGACAAAUACAUGGAACAGAGACAUAAAGCAAAAGCCCGCUUCUCCUUUUUAUUUUCUAAAAGAAACUGGAAGUUGGCCUGCUAAAAAGCUAAACACUGGACAGGCUCCUGGCAGAGAGAGGUUUGCAGGCUGUGACAUUCACUGGGUAAGAUGCAUUAGCCAAAAUAACUGAAAGGAGACCUUGUUCUAUUAGGCGAUUGUAGACAUAAGUAACUCAGGUACAGUUCUUUUGCUUACGGUAAAAUUCAGAGAUGUUUCAGUUAUUGUGGAGGACUGAGUCUAGAAUCUUAGGAUGUAACAAUCUGACUCUUCGGUGGUUUGGGGCUAGAAUGACAAACAUCUAUAGAGCUGCAAGAGUUAAUCUAUACCUUCCCUUCCACCCCGAUGGAAAAUGGAAAUCUUUUGUCCUCUUCAUUACAAAGAAGAUGUUUUAUUCUAUAAAUGAACUUUAUUAUUUGAAUAUCUCUCCUUUGUAGAGUUUUAAAUAUAUCACUGUGAAUUUAGUUAUUCACCUCAGAUUCACUUUGGAAUAUGGUGGAACAUAGAUAAACUUGUGGUCAUUAAAUUAAGGAAAAGUAAAUUCUACACAAUUCUCUUUAGUAAGAAACCAGUUUCCUUCCAUGACAGAGUUGGAGAUUUUGGUUAAGGUAUCCAUCCAUACAAAUACUUCUGUGUAGACCCCGUGUGUGGACUGUAGGGCUGUAACAUAAAUCAUCCUGUGCUGUGAGCUCAGUCGUGUCCGACUCUCUACGCCCCCCUGGACUGUUGCCCGCCAGGCUCCCCGUCCAUGGGCUUUUCCAGGUAAGGACACUGGAGUGGGCUGCCGUGCCCUCCCCCAGGGAAUCGAACCACCCAGGGGUCAAACCUGGGUCUCUUGUGUCUCCUGGAUUGUCAGGAGUGUUCUUUACCACUGUGCCACCUGGGAAGCCGCAGUUCAUAUUGUAUCUCAACCAGAUGAAUGAAAAUGACCAACUUGGGGAAAACAAAUAUAUUAGGGGUGUGAUUAUACUGUGUGACAGAGAGCCUUAGAGAACAGCAGGCACAACAGAAGGGUUUGGUACCAAGUUUCUCUAAAGAUGCAAACCCUCUGAUGAGGCUGUUACCUCAGGUGGUGAACCUGAACUUCUUGCUGUGCUGUGCGCUCAGACGGCCGGGAGUCGGGAGUCCUUUCUCGGCCUCCACAAGGGGCACGGCUGGCCUUUCCCUCUGCUGCCCUGCCACAUUCCUAAGGAUCCAGGCGCCUUGCCUGGUGUCUCAGGCCUGCCUUCUAACUGAACAAGCUGUCUCAGGGCCUCCGGGCAUCUGCAACCCGCAUCAAAGUUAUUUCUCCUCGUAGCAUUCAGUUGGCACUAGAGUCUGACCUCUUGUUACCACGGCACUCGCCUCCCUCUACAGACCUUUGGUUCUGCACCUGAGAAUCUCACUGUUAGAAUCUUUAGUAAAAGCUGCCACUUUUCAGUUGUAGCACUGCAUGAUGAAUACAAGUCCAGAAACAUUUGAGGGAAAAUCUUUCCCUUUAUAGAUGAAUUAAUAAGCAACACACUGUACUUUCUAAGCAAGUCAUGGCAAAUUGGUUGCUGUAAAUUUAAAGAGAUAUCUUUUAGUGUCUCAUAUUAACAUAACACCUGGGGCUUCUCUUUGGGGAUACGAUUUUCAGCUGUGCUCACUGAUCAUAAUUCGCAUUUAUCAGGUUCAUUAUUGUACUGUUACUGUGCUCUUGUAAGCAUUUUUUUUUAAAAACUCAUCAGAAGUAUGGUUUAACUACUACUUAGGAAAAGCAGGGUGAGCCCAGCAGGAAGAAAAGGACACAGCAAGUCAAAUACGGACUUUAUCUUUACUGACUGUGCAGUUCAAAUGUCUUAAAUUAUAACCUCAAAGCCUUUUUUUGUAUCCAUGCAAAUAAAUAUAUAUAUUAGGAAGAAGCUAGGAAAAAAACCAUACCCCCUGGCUUAUGUUUUCCAUCCACAGUCAGAUUUUAACAGUCACGGUUGGACUUCACGGAGUGGCGGUGGUCAGUGACCAGCAUGGCAAACGUCCGUCUACAGCCUCAGGAAGGAGAUGGGAGAAGCAGAGAGAUGAGCAGACUUCACACUGUCCCUUCCUGAGCCUCUUUAUCUUUUUGGCCAGUUUGUUCUCAGUAAAAGUCUGCAGGUUUCCCUAAAAGACUUCUUUCCUUUAAAUUGCCCCAAACUAUCUAAAAUCAGCAUUUUUAUCAUUUAAAUGUUUUUAGAGUAAUUCCACCGACAUUUUCAUGAUCAAGUUUCAAGCGGUGGGUCUUUGGAUAAAACCGUCACUAUUCUCUUUGGCCUUGUAGGAUCUUACAGUGUAGUAGGGGGAUGUUAGAAACGUGGGUUAUUCAGCACUCAGUCACGUCCGACUCUGACCCCAUGAGUGCAGCCCAGCAGGCUGCUCUGUCCGUGGGAUCUCCCGGGCGAGAACACUGGAGUCGGUUGCCUUUCCUUCUGCAGGGGACCUUCCCGACCCAGGGAUGGAGCCUGCAUCUCCAGCAGAGGUAGGCCUGUUCUUCACCACUGAGCCCCAGAGAAGCCCCCACAUACUUGGGUCCUAACUCUAAUACGAUGUGAUGAUGCUUUGCUGGCUGUACAAACGAUAUUUUAUUGGGGCGCAGUUCUACUGAGGGUUAGUGGUGUCCUGCGUUUAUUGUUCCAUUGGCUACAUAUUUUCUUCUGAUUGUACUAAGAAUCUGACAAAACAUUAUGCUGUAUUUUUUUGUAAUGCAUUAAUAGAUGUUCAUCUUUUAAAAAUAGAAAUGCUUCUAAUGUAUUUGUAAUAUUGCUAAAUGAUUUUUCAUUUUCUUUCCUGAAAGAACAUGUUACAUAAAAUGAAAAAAAUCUAUUCUCAGGUGAAUAAUUUUUAUAUCAGCUAUUCUUAUAAGGUAAAAGUUUACUUAUUUUUUAUUCAUAAUGCAUUACAUGUAAUUAAUUCUCAAUGCACCCAUUUAAGAAAAGUAAAUAUUAUAGUAUUAGUAAUAAGCUUUAAGAACUGAAAAUUUAGCACAACUUUUCAUUUUGUACAAAAUGGAUACUUUGUUACUUAGUAUGUAUUAAAAAUGAAGGAAAAACCUGGCA